AUGCGCUUCUCUCAUGCGAAAUGCGCUGGAGAACAGGGGGCUGGUUAUGUAGAUUGUAUUAGGAAGAGCUCUCGUGAGGUGGACGAUGCAAAGGACGGAAUCCUAGACUUGCAAAGUAGUCCUCUUACCUUCCCUACAUCCGGGUUUGAGUUAGUUGAUGCUGCGGAGAAGAUUGAGGAGGAGACACUUCCAACAUACCGCCCGGAAAAGUACUAUCCUGCUCGCAUUGGACAGAACUUUACUCUAGAAUUACUGAAGCCUCCUCUACGUCAAAUUCUGGCAGGUUUGGAUUUUCUGCACCGUGUGGACGUCAUACACACUGACCUUCAAUCUAAGAACUUGCUUCUUGGGGUUGAUAAACCUUCGGUCUUCUCCGUAUUUGAGGAAGCUGAGGUAGAGCACCAACCGGCACCUCGUAAAGUGCUAGAUGAUCGUAUCAUUUAUGCAAGCCGACGUGUCCCCCUCACAGGGCGUCUACCCAUUAUCACUGACUUUGGUGAAGCCCGGCUUCGGGAUGAGGCUCGUAAAGGAGAAGACAUUAUGCCGGAUGUCUAUAGGGCUCCAGAGUUUUGGGACCUUGUUAAAGGUCGUACCCUCUUCAACGCCAGGAACGAGGAGAAACUGUUAGAUGAUAGACUUCACCUGGCGGAGAUGAUUGCAAUUAUGGGACCGCCUCCAAAAGAAUUUUUGGAGCGCAGUGAGGUCAGUCAUAUAUAUUGGGACGAGAACGGCCAAUGGAGAGGCCUUGCGCCUAUUCCCGACAUCUCUCUCGACAAGCUCUCGGAAGGCAUAGAAGGCGAAAACAAACAAGGCCUCACCCAGAAUGAGCAGCAGGUGCUUGCCAAACGCAUGGAGCAAAAGCAGAUGAAGGAGGUUAUGAACGCAUACUCAAACGUCGUCCAGCGCUGCUUCGAGGACUGCAUCUUUGAUUUCACAACCAAGUCUAUGACCCCAAGGGAGAUCGGCUGCACCAACCGCUGCUUCGACAAGUUCGUCAAGGCCUCCGAGCGAGUCUCCCUCCGCUUCCAGGAGCAGAACGCUGCCAUGGCUCAGUCAGGCAAGCUACCUGGAUCUAGCUAA